GAAAGGACCUGGUGAAAUAAAAGUCCAGACACCAGCCCCUGCCAGCAGUAGAAGCUGCAGCCCCCAAUCAAAAGCAGAGCUUUGUGUUAAACCGGCUGGGGAAGUUGCUUUGCAAGAUCCCAAGUUCCAUUCAUUGAGCCAGCAUCCACAGCCGGCUGCGGUGCCGUUACUACGACACCCCCCCCCCCGUUUCCAGGACCUGGUGAUUUUCAAACUUGGCCAACUUUUUCUCGGUCGCAUUUUUCCCCUCUUGUAUUUUUCUCCCCCCUCCGGACAUUGAUCGAUUUGAGACGAACACAAACGUCCUCUCGCCUCCCUCUGUCCCUCCCCUGCUUUCCCCCGCCGGGAAGAAGUUUAUGCAGCAGCCCAAACAAAAUCUGUCCACCAGCGAGCGCCUCCUGCGAGCCCAGCCCGGGCAGCGCGCCCUUGCCGCUCCAGCGCCUGGAUUGCCGCUUGGGGACCGGGUUUGCUUCCCCCCCCAGACCAUGCAGAACUACAAGUACGACAAAGCGAUCGCCCCGGAGAGCAAGAACGGCGGCAGCCCUGCCCUGAACAACAACCCGGCCAAGAGCAGCAGCAAGAAAGGGCUGCUCGUCUGCCUGGAUCUCCUCUGCCUUUUCAUGGCCGGUCUACCCUUUCUGAUAAUUGAAACGAGCACAAUACAGCCGUACCAAAGGGGGUUUUACUGCAACGAUGAGAGUAUCAAGUACCCUUUGAAAAUGGGUGAGACGAUUAACGACGCUGUUCUGUGUGCUGCAGGGAUUCUCAUUGCCAUCCUUGCGAUCAUAACCGGGGAAUUCUACCGGAUUCACUACUUAAAGGAGAAGUCUCGGUCCUUCAUCCCGAACCCAUAUGUGGCGGCUCUCUACAAACAAGUGGGCUGUUUUGCCUUUGGCUGUGCCAUCAGCCAGUCCUUCACAGACAUUGCCAAAGUGUCCGUCGGACGCUUGCGACCUCAUUUCCUGGAAGCUUGUAAUCCAGACUUUUCAGUAAUCGACUGCUCCAAAGGCUACGUUCAAAAUUACACCUGUAGGGGAAAUGACAGCAAAGUCCAGGAAGCCAGGAAAUCCUUCUUCUCUGGUCACGCCUCCUUCUCGCUCUAUACCAUGCUUUAUUUGGUGUUAUAUCUGCAGGCCAGAUUCACAUGGAGAGGAGCCCGUCUGCUACGUCCCCUUCUGCAGUUUACCCUGAUCAUGAUGGCAUUUUACACAGGAUUGUCCCGUGUGUCUGACCACAAGCAUCACCCGACAGAUGUGCUGGCAGGAUUUGCACAAGGAGCCCUGGUGGCUUACUGCAUAGUGUUUUAUGUGUCAGAUCUCUUCAAACCCAAGAUAAGGACCUCCCUGCCUCCUCCUCCAAUCCGGAAAGAUAUCCUUUCACCUGUGGACAUCAUUGAACGGAACAAUCACCACAAUAUGGUGUAGACCUUUGCAGCCCUCCUCCCUCCACAAUCCUCUCCCCCCUCCCCUCCUUUUUUUUUUUUUUUUUUUU